AUGGAUAUCCAAACACUUCAAUACAGCCUAAAAGACCAGCCCACAUUUGAGCAAAGUUGCACAUCGUACUUUACAAACCCGAAUUUGCCAAGUAGUUUAAACAUAUUGAUUACUAUGCCAUUUCCAUACCCUCCUGGUGUGUUAGAGCAAUUGGUACAAUUUGUUGCGAGCACUGAUGUCUUUGCGUCACAAUUUCUCUCGCAAUUGUUCCAAAAGCGACUGAUCAAAGUCAUCCCAAAUGCACAGGUCGAACCGCUCUUACACAUCUUCUCUGCACACGCGUUAAAAGUUGGUUCGUUGUAUACCGAAGUGUAUUGCCAAUUGUUAGUAAGGUCAUGGCAGAUCAACGCCGACUCAUUAAUUCCGUCUGUGUCGGAGUUGUGCUCAUUAUGUGAAUCGUCGUAUACUCUGGACCAGAAGAGUGGGAUGUUGUACUUACUUAAAGUCUUAGUUGAGGUCUUUGUCCAAACAAAACAGCUUGACGGGUAUCUGAUACAAACAUUUAAAGGGUCUUGUUUGUUACGGAUAGUCGAGACGGCAAUCAACGUCUUGCGAUCAAUCAAUCCACAAAUUAGAGAGUUACACCCGGUCGCUGCAGUGGCUUUAACAACACUCAGCACUGCUCUGGAAUAUCCAUUUACAUGUGGGUUUGAAGAAACAGAUUCCACCGUGUUACAAAUCCCAAAUUCAUUUUCUUCGGCGUUGUCAAGUGUGUCGUUGAAAGAGAAGUUAGUCGCGUUGUAUGUGCCCGGCGUCCACCUUGGAGCGCUUGUGGAGUGUUUAAUAACGUUUGCGUCGAUGCGAGAGAAUUUGUUCAUGGGGAGCACGCGGACCAAUUUCAAUGAGUUCCUAAGCGAAUAUGGCGGGAUGCUUUGUCAAAGAGCAAACGACGAGGAGUCUGCACACAAAGCGGGAAUGUUUCUAGAAAAGGUCUUGUUAACUCGAAGUGUCUCUCCGAUGAAACAUUUACAAGCAGCUCUUCAAUUAGUCAGAAAUUUGUGUCUUAAUAUCCAGGAACACGUCACAAGUCUCUAUUACUUCCUUUCAGUGUUUUCUAAGUGGGGGCUCCGUGCCUCCGAAUGUGAAGAAAUGCUUUUUGUGAGGAACGCCGUGGUGCAGGCUGCGUUGUAUGUGAUGCAAGGAGCGUUUGAAGCGCCACAGAUAUUAGAGGAGGAAAACGUCGAAGUGUUAUUUGAUGAUUUGGGAGAGAUGGGGCGAGUUGAUUUAAAGUCGACGGUGGACACUCUCGAAAACGUCGUGUUGAAAUGUUUCAACGAAAUUGAGGCGAUGAGGACACAACACAUUGGAGAGUCUGGGGUGCAACACCAAACGGAGAAACUUGCGAUGGCGAUGCGGAUCAUAGGGAUUCUUAUUAAUCAUCACAUCGACGCGCGAACUGAUGAGACACAAGAGAGACUUGAUGUGAAGAUGUUACGGAUAGGGUUUAAUAUAGUGAAUUCUAUUAGUAAAUACUCUGCGUAUGGUCUUGGGUAUGGGACGUAUCAACUUGAGCAAGCGAUCAUGCAGUUUUUUGAGGUGGUUAACACAGUAUUUCUGAAUGAAUCGAUAUCAAGUCGAAUGGAAAAGAUUGUUAUCGAAGUCUUGCAAGUCGAUUCCGUCACAAAUCUUGCCACUUACAUGUUAACGAAAGCAAUGAGUAACAUCCAAAUCUAUCAGAAGAACGUCGGACUGGUGAACGACUCUUUAAAUAUCAUUGUGCGACUGACACAAGUCGAGAAGAUCUGCCAAAUAGCCGUGAAGACCAACUUCAUGGAUUCUUUGUUACGGCCACAAGUUUUUGGUAUUGUCAACAACGAGAAUAAGAACACGAAACGCUUGUUCUUUCAAAUCACAUGCAACGUCGCGUCAGUCAUGAAUUUCAAAUCACUGACAGCACUACUGCAAAUGAUAGAAACAACACUUGGGAUUAAACAGAACGACUAUGAGACGGAGUUGAUAUUAUACAACACAUUCUUGUUAUCCCUUCAAAGCAAUGACAAACAUUACUUGGGCUUUUUAAAUCACGUCCAUAAACAAAUGGCGGGAUUCUCACAAUGCGCUAUAGACGUGCUUCUCUCAUUCAUUUCGGACUUGGCAGAUAUCAAACGGUUUCACCAGUUAUACACAAAACCAAUUGCAAACACGUGCGCACUGAUUUUGUACCACGACAUCUGUGACGCGUUCACAGUCAUACUUCCUAAGAUCGAUCGAGAAAAGGAAGACGACCAAGUCUCGUUACUGCAAAAAAGUAUGCGAGCAAUCACUUCGAUGCUAUCGAGUGACACAAUCCCAUUCGGAGCAUUAACUUUGUACAACGACAAAACACAUCACAAUGUCAUGCAAUACUUAAUUGGCUUGUGCCUAAGAGGGGGGUGGAAUCAAGUCAAAGUCUACCCGAAGUUUGCAAAGCAUUUAUUCUCAAUGUUAUGCCACAUCGGCUUUGUGUCGGGCGACGACUUGUUUGGAGAACACUUGGGCGAGAUCGUCACGUUCAUAUUUGAAGCACUCAAGGACCAGGCCGUCGACGUCUUGGGAGUGCUCGAACAACUCAUUUUGUACGCGUCAAAUCGAACUGUUUUAAAGAAGGUCAGAGUGUUGACUUCACCAGUGAUGGAUUACUUCGGGCUCUUGGUGAAUUACAGUAACACAAUAUUCGAAAUAGUCAAGAUACUCGUCCAUAAUUUGAUCAAUAACGAAAUGGACUUGUUUAUGGUUUCUAAGGCACUCUUACCAUGUAUCGUGCUUUUCCCUGAUGUAUACAAAACGGUUAAGAACACAGCAAUUGCCGAAUAUAAUAGACCAGCGUUGAUUAAUCAAGCUUUUAUUGACUUGGAAAAUGAUGUGAGAUCAUAUAUCAGUGGGGAGUGUAUGGACCAAUUCUUUAAAGCAGCUCAAAGGUUCAACCAAAUAGUGUCUAAUAUGUGA